AUCAUUACAGAACAUCACAACUCAACAAACGUGUGACAAAACAUACAAACAGCUCUCGUGAUGGCCGCCACUUCAACAGCCGCUGCUGCUUCUUCUAUCAUGGGUACUCGGGUGGUUUCCGACAUCAACUCCGGUUCAGGCCGGUUCACAGCCCGGUUUGGAUUCGGGACCAAGAAAGCAGCCGCUCCCAAGAAGGCUAAGACGGUUUUCUCAGACCGGCCUCUGUGGUUCCCGGGCGCGAAAUCCCCCGAGUAUCUGGACGGUUCGCUGGUCGGAGACUACGGCUUCGACCCUUUCGGUUUAGGUAAACCGGCUGAGUAUCUCCAGUUCGAUCUCGACUCUCUGGACCAGAACUUAGCCAAGAACAUAGCCGGAGACGUGAUCGGGACACGUACGGAGGCCGUUGACCCCAAGUCGACGCCGUUUCAGCCUUACAGCGAGGUAUUUGGGAUCCAGAGGUUCAGAGAGUGUGAGCUGAUCCAUGGGAGAUGGGCUAUGCUUGCAACUCUCGGUGCUCUCUCCGUCGAAUGGCUCACCGGUGUUACUUGGCAAGACGCUGGAAAGGUAGAGCUAGUGGAUGGAUCGUCCUAUUUAGGACAGCCACUACCGUUCUCGAUCUCGACACUGAUUUGGAUCGAAGUGUUGGUGAUUGGUUACAUCGAGUUCCAAAGAAACGCUGAGCUGGACUCGGAGAAGCGUUUGUAUCCAGGAGGCAAGUUUUUCGACCCGCUGGGUCUAGCUUCUGACCCGGAGAAGAAGGCUCAGCUUCAGUUGGCUGAGAUCAAACACGCUCGUUUAGCCAUGGUUGCCUUCUUGGGAUUUGCGGUUCAGGCGGCUGCAACGGGUAAAGGACCGCUCAACAACUGGGCGACUCACCUUAGUGACCCGCUUCACACCACCAUCAUCGACACCUUCUCGUCCUCUUGAUCUGGUUGCUUUAGCUUUUUAUUGGUGUAAUGUAAUGAUGUAAUGAUGUCCAUCUUUAAGACAAGUUUGUAUAACUAUAAACAAACUUCUUGAAAGGUUUAGUGCUGAAAUCUUCGAGUGUCAGUGGAUUAAUGAUUAUGAGCCGUAACCUCA